AUGUCAGCUCGUAAGUUUGUCGUUGGUGGAAAUUGGAAAUGUAAUGGUACUCUUGCUAGUAUUGAAACAUUAACUAAAGGAGUUGCUGCCUCAGUUGAUGCUGAACUUGCCAAGAAAGUUGAAGUUAUUGUUGGAGUUCCAUUUAUCUAUAUUCCAAAAGUCCAACAAAUUCUUGCAGGAGAAGCUAAUGGUGCUAAUAUUCUUGUUUCUGCUGAAAAUGCAUGGACUAAAUCUGGAGCUUAUACUGGAGAAGUUCAUGUAGGAAUGUUAGUUGAUUGUCAAGUCCCAUAUGUCAUUCUUGGACAUUCUGAAAGAAGACAAAUUUUCCAUGAAAGUAAUGAACAAGUCGCUGAAAAAGUUAAAGUUGCUAUUGAUGCUGGAUUAAAAGUUAUUGCUUGUAUUGGUGAAACUGAAGCACAAAGAAUUGCUAAUCAAACUGAAGAAGUUGUUGCAGCACAACUCAAAGCCAUUAACAAUGCUAUUUCAAAAGAAGCAUGGAAAAACAUUAUUCUUGCUUAUGAACCAGUCUGGGCUAUUGGAACUGGAAAGACUGCUACUCCAGAUCAAGCUCAAGAAGUUCAUCAAUACAUUAGAAAAUGGAUGACUGAAAAUAUUUCUAAAGAAGUUGCUGAAGCUACAAGAAUCCAAUAUGGUGGAUCUGUUAAUCCAGCUAAUUGUAAUGAACUUGCUAAGAAAGCUGACAUUGAUGGUUUCUUAGUUGGAGGAGCCUCAUUAGAUGCCGCUAAAUUCAAGACUAUCAUUAACUCAGUUUCUGAGAAAUUCUAA